AUGGGUGCACCUUCGCUGUCGGCGUCUUCGUACUUGGUCUCGCUGUUCGUGAGAAACGCGACAUGGAUUUUAGGAAUCCUCUUGUGUGCCGGACUAACCGUUCCGUUCCUUCGGUGGUUUCGAGUCUGGAAGGCGCUGAGGCCCUUACCAGGACCAUCGGACAUUGUGCCUUUCUGGUUCAGUCUCAGCUGCAUUAAGUCAUUCCUACAAGAGAGAAGGGAGAACAAGUAUGCUACAACACGAAUAUUCAGCACAAUUCGCGAUCUGGGCAAGCAGUACACGGGCAAACUCUUCAAGGUGUACGUUGGAAUGACUCCCAUUGUCGUUCUGCACACCCCUGAUGCCGUGGAGGCACUACUCACAAGCAACACCAACCAGAAAAAGCCAUUUCUGUAUCAUUUCAUCGCGCCAUGGUUGGGAAACUUCAACAUUCUGCUGUCAACCGGCGAGACCUGGCGAAACAGGAGGAAGCUCAUGACGCCGGCGUUUCACGUUCGGGUCCUGGACAACUACAUGAGCGUUUUCAACGAGAGCGCUGACUUGCUGGUGAAGCAUAUUUGCACGGUCGCCGACGAGGCGCCUGACGAGCCCAUACGCCUCUUCAAGAGCAUGCAGAAGUGUGCCAUGGACAUCAUCGGAGAAGUUACGAUGGAAACCAAGUUUCGGCUGCAAGAAAACAAGAAUAUCUCCUUCAUGAACGCCUUCAAUCGGGUGAUGUUUUUGGUCUCUGUGAGAGCUUUCAGACCAUGGCUGUGGAUUCAGAAGCUCUAUGACAACACGCUCGAGGGAAAAUCUUAUGAGGCGGACGUUCAGGAAAUGAUAACAUUGUCUAACUCGAUUAUGUACAAGCAAAAGGAGAAACUGCAAUCUACAAAAGUCCUCCCUACAACUGGCUCCGAAGAUGAUGAACUCAAUAUUAAAAGAGAGACGAUACUCAUGAACAUUCUCUUAAGAAGACAUAUGCAAGACAGCAGUUACACGUUGGAUGACGUUAGGAACGACAACGACACUAUCGUAUCGGCGGGAACCGACACGAUCACAACUUGCAUGUGUUUUACACUGCACUACCUCGGACUUUACCCCGAAGCCCAGGCCAAAGCGCAUCAGGAACUGGAUGAAAUAUUUGGGAACGAUACGGACUGCGAGAUCACAGCGACCCACAUCCGACAAAUGAAGUACAUUGAGUGUUGUCUAAAGGAGUCUCUGCGGUUAUAUCCGUCAUUUCCUGUAAUCGGAAGAGUACUUGAUGAAGAUGUGACGAUGGAGGGUCACGUUAUACCGAAGGGUGUGAUGUGCUUCAUAAGCAUUUAUAGCCUGCACAGAAACCCGAAGUAUUUCAAAGAUCCCGAAGAGUUUAUCCCCGAGAGAUUCUUGUCUGAGGAGAUCAAGACACGACACCCUUUCAGCUACAUUCCCUUUUCUGGCGGCUCCAAGAACUGCCUUGGCCAGAAAUUUGCCAUGUUGGAGAUGAAACUCCUGCUGGCGAAGAUCCUUCUCAAGUGCAAAAUCGUCUCCGCGGAACCUCUGGAUCGACUCAACGUAGCGUACGAAGUUAUUGUGAAGGAUAAAAGAGGAAACAGGGUAUGGCUACGAAGACGGACAGAGCUGGACUCAGCCGAGCGAUGA